AAGCUGCCAUUUCGCCCAAUUAGCAAUUCAGGCAGCUUCAGAAAGUCACCCCCCCCCAACGACAUAGCACUAGUUGUUAUUAUGUUGUCGCAAUGAGGGUGCUGGCUUGCUUCGUCAUGCCGUGGACCACCUCCCUCUCGCUCCUGCAGUACAACCCCCUAUGCUGCCGCCAGGAUCGCCUGAGCGAAAUCAUUACAGAGGGCAGCAACUUCGACGUGAUAGCACUCACAGGGACCCAGAGGAAAAGGAAUGGAGUGGAGGUUACGCAGGGACGAUCGGAGGACGCACAGUACGUGGACGCGGGCUGGGGGGAUACACAGUACAGCAAUAAAUCGGCAGGAAUACUCGUGGCGUGGAGGGGAUAUCUCAGUGGAGCUCUAUUGGUAGACAUCGAGGAGCCUCAUGGGGACCUACUAGGACGGGGCCUCUGCGUCACUCUGAAGAUGCCGCAGCACUACGUGAAGAUAAUCGCCAUCUACUGCCCGCCCCAGCCCAAAACGAGCGCCUCACGCAGAGAAUAUCAUCAUAUUGUCAAACAGCUCGGGUGAACUAUUUCGGAAGACGGCAGAGGAAGCUAACAUGACC